GUGAACCGGAGGGAAGUUUAACAGAAAAGCUUUCAGGAGAUGUCGGUUCUAGAGGGGAAGGCACAUUUGUGUCAACAUAGUGUACGUUUUCUCAUCUUUUCUCAUUGUCCACUAAUGACACAGAGCUGCCAUUGAAGCUCUUUUCUGUUUCUUUUGUUGUUUCAGAGAGUAAGGUUUAUUGUUAUUCUUCAGUUAAGAAGGAGCAAAGAGAGUGGUACAUUUGUCCUCGAUAUUUGUAGGUGGUUGAAGAUUAAUGUUCCUUACAUUUUAAGUUUAGGAAGGAUGGCUUUUUCCUGCUGACUACUUUUAUGAGAUGACAUGAAUUUAGCUUUCCAUUUGGAAGUUACUGUUUAUGUACAGUGCAUUUUGUUCAGUUCUGCUUUUCCAUAAAUAAGGAUAUUGUAGAUGCUUCAUCCAGGAACUUUCACAAAGGACUUUUCUCUACUUUUGAGCUUUAAGAAAAGUCAGAAGAGGCAGAAGUGGAUGUGAGAGAAAGAGAGACACAGAGAGACAGAGAGCCAAAGAGGGCAAGAGACUUGACUUUAAGAGACUCCUGUACUGACAACUCCAUGCAGUUCGGAACCAGAACGACUGCGGCUGAACCAGGGUUCAUGGGGACAUGGCAAAACGCUGAUACUAACCUUUUAUUCAGAAUGUCCCAACAGGUUCCAGUGGCAUGUGCUGGCAGAGUGCUGGGUGCAGACUUCUGCCCAAACCUGGAGGAGCCAGACCAGAGGCUGGAAGUCCAGGCCAUCCGUUGCACACUGGUAAACUGCACGUGCGAAUGUUUUCAGCCGGGGAAGAUUAACCUGAGGACUUGUGAUCAGUGUAAACAUGGCUGGGUGGCACACGCCUUGGAUAAGCUCAGCACCCAGCACCUGUACCACCCCACGCAAGUGGAGAUCGUGCAGUCCAACGUGGUGUUUGACAUCAGCAGCCUGAUGCUCUAUGGGACACAAGCGGUGCCCGUGCGGCUAAAGAUUCUGCUGGACCGGCUCUUCAGUGUCCUGAAGCAGGAGGAGGUGCUACACAUCCUGCACGGCCUGGGCUGGACGCUGCGGGACUACGUUCGGGGGUACAUCCUUCAGGAUGCUGCCGGCAAGGUGCUGGACCGCUGGGCCAUCAUGUCUCGAGAAGAGGAAAUCAUCACCCUUCAGCAGUUUCUGCGGUUUGGAGAAACCAAAUCCAUUGUAGAGCUGAUGGCAAUUCAGGAGAAAGAAGGGCAGGCUGUGGCUGUACCGUCUUCAAAGACAGACUCAGACAUAAGGACUUUCAUUGAGAGCAAUAAUCGCACCAGGAGUCCCAGCCUCCUUGCUCACCUAGAGAAUAGCAACCCUUCCAGCAUUCAUCACUUCGAAAACAUCCCCAACAGCCUUGCAUUUCUGCUUCCAUUCCAGUACAUAAACCCAGUCUCAGCCCCACUGCUAGGAUUGCCUCCAAAUGGGCUACUGUUAGAGCAACCAGGACUGAGGCUGCGGGAACCAAGCCUUUCAACCCAGAAUGAAUAUAAUGAGAGCAGCGAAUCUGAAGUAUCUCCCACACCUUAUAAGAAUGAUCAGACCCCCAAUAGAAACGCCUUGACCAGCAUUACUAAUGUGGAGCCCAAAACCGAGCCACCCUGCGUGUCCCCCAUUCAGAAUUCUGGCCCGGUCAGUGAUCUGACCAAAACUGAACACCCGAAAAGCUCUUUCCGAAUUCACCGGAUGAGAAGGAUGGGGUCAGCGUCUAGGAAAGGAAGAGUGUUCUGCAAUGCAUGUGGGAAGACAUUCUAUGAUAAAGGUACUCUCAAAAUUCAUUAUAAUGCUGUUCACCUGAAGAUUAAACAUCGAUGCACCAUUGAAGGUUGCAACAUGGUCUUUAGCUCCCUCCGAAGCCGCAAUCGCCACAGUGCAAACCCUAACCCUCGCCUUCACAUGCCUAUGCUAAGGAAUAACCGAGACAAAGAUUUAAUUCGGGCCACAUCAGGGGCUGCCACCCCCGUCAUAGCAAGUACAAAAUCAAAUCUCACACUCACCAGCCCUGGCCGGCCCCCAAUGGGUUUUACCACUCCCCCGCUAGACCCUGUCUUACAGAAUCCUCUCCCUAGCCAGCUGGUGUUUUCUGGGCUAAAGACUGUCCAGCCAGUUCCUCCAUUUUAUAGAAGUUUACUCACUCCAGGAGAAAUGGUGAGCCCUCCCACCUCCCUCCCGACCAGUCCCCUCAUUCCAACCAGUGGUACCAUAGAGCAGCACCCCGCACCACCAUCUGAGCCAGCAGCGCCAGUAGUGAUGAUGGCCACUCAUGAGCCCAGUGCCGACCUGGCCCCUAAGAAGAAGCCCAGGAAGUCCAGCAUGCCUGUGAAGAUCGAGAAGGAAAUCAUUGAUACCGCCGAUGAGUUUGACGAUGAAGAUGAUGACCCCAAUGACGCUGGAGCUGUGGUCAAUGACGUGAGCCACGACAAUCAUUGCCACUCCCAAGAGGAGAUGAGUCCAGGCAUGUCUGUGAAGGACUUUUCUAAGCACAGCAGGUCCCGGUGCAUUUCAAGGACUGAAAUAAGAAGGGCCGACAGCAUGACUUCCGAGGAUCAAGAACCUGAGCGGGACUAUGAGAACGAGUCAGAGUCUUCAGAGCCCAAACUAGGUGAGGAAUCCAUGGAAGGGGAUGAGCACAUUCACAGCGAAGUGAGCGAAAAGGUCCUGAUGAACAGCGAGAGGCCUGAUGAGAACCACAGUGAGCCCUCUCACCAAGACAUCAUCAAGGUGAAGGAAGAAUUUACAGAUCCCACUUACGACAUGUUUUACAUGAGCCAGUAUGGACUGUACAAUGGCGGGGGAGCCAGCAUGGCGGCCCUGCACGAAAGUUUUGCAUCGUCUCUGAAUUAUGGCAGCCCUCAGAAGUUCUCCCCAGAAGGUGACCUGUGUUCUAGCCCAGACCCCAAAAUCUGUUAUGUGUGCAAGAAGAGUUUCAAAAGCUCCUACAGUGUGAAGCUUCACUACAGGAACGUUCACUUAAAAGAGAUGCACGUCUGCACAGUGGCUGGCUGCAACGCUGCCUUCCCCUCCCGCCGGAGCAGAGACAGAAACAGAAAUUUACGGAUGGAAAGAACCAUAGGUCCAGGACAUCGAGACAGCCUGCAUCUCCGUAGACACAGUGCCAACAUAAAUCUGCAUCGUAAACUGUUGACCAAAGAACUCGAUGACAUGGGCCUGGACUCAUCGCAGCCCUCCCUUAGCAAGGACCUCCGGGAUGAAUUUUUGAUGAAGAUCUAUGGCGCCCAGCACCCCCUGGGCCUCGACGUCAGGGAAGAUGCCUCUUCCCCUGCGGGGACUGAAGACUCGCACCUGAACGGCUACGGGAGAGGCAUGGCGGAGGACUACAUGGUCCUCGAUCUGAGCACCACCUCCAGCCUCCAGUCCAGCAGCAGCAUCCACUCCUCCAGAGAAUCCGACGCUGGCAGUGACGAGGGGAUUCUUCUCGACGACAUCGACGGGGCGAGUGACAGCGGGGAGUCAGCACACAAGGCCGAGGCCCCUGCCCUCCCUGGCAGCCUCGGGGCUGAAGUUUCGGGAUCUCUGAUGUUCAACAGCUUGUCCGGGAGCAAUGGUGGGAUUAUGUGCAACAUUUGCCACAAAAUGUACAGCAACAAGGGGACCCUGAGGGUGCACUACAAAACUGUGCAUUUGCGGGAAAUGCACAAGUGCAAAGUCCCCGGUUGCAAUAUGAUGUUUUCCUCUGUGCGAAGCCGAAACCGGCACAGUCAGAACCCUAAUCUCCACAAAAACAUUCCCUUCACUUCAGUAGAUUAGUCUCAGAACGGAUACUACAAAUGCCAGCUCUCACCAGAUGGCCUACAUAUUUGAACUGCCAUAGUCAGUGUGUGCUUGUGUACUGGGUGUGUGGGUGUGUGUGUACACACAUGUAUGCCUCUACGCACACACACACAUUUUCUUUUCUUUAGAUAUAAAAAGAUAAACACUAAGUGCUUUUGAAUUUUUUUUCCUUUAUAGUUUUUGAAAAGGGGUGGGAACUUUCAUUUGGGGAUAAAAACUAACUACCCUUUAAAGAAAGACACACACACACACACACAUACACACACAUAUAAAGCGUGCAAGUAGCCCAAAUUUUGAGAGAAUAAUAAUUCUUGGUCCUCUCCAAAGAGACAGUUUGUUGUACCCAUGACUGUUGCCUGCAAAAAAAAAAUAUAUAAGGGGGGGAGAGAAAAAAGAAACAAAAAAGGAACUUCUUAAUAGUUGUCUUUUGUGAACUUGAAGGUUUUGAGAGAAUCUUCAACUACAGCAUGGCAGAUUCACCUGUAAAUAUUUAGCCUUGAGAGGCCAAUGAUGUAAAACAAUUGUAUUGAUGUUGUUUAACUCUUUUGUUUAAUUUUUACAGUUACAUCCAGCUGUUAGAUAUGCAGGAAAAAAAUAUAGUUUGCUGGCUAGCUCUAUUCAUUUAUGUUAGCAUUAAUGCACAUUUUUAAAAAAACAAAAACAAAACAAAAAACAUGGUCUUGUUUUUACUACCUGCUAGAUAUAGUGAUAAAGGUGCUGGCAUGCUUUACAGCACAGAUCUGAUUUUUUUAAAUGUCCUGUACUAGUACAUAAAUCCAGUCAUGCACUUUUUUUCAUACACUACAAGGGGAUGUGUAAUAUCCAUGCUUCUUUUUUAUCCUUAAACUAUUGCCAUACUUCAAAUAAGUGUCUUUUUUUUUUAACAAAAAAAAAAAUUCACUUGUAUAAAGUGGUCUGGUCAGUAUAGGGCACAAAUGCCAAACAAAAGUAUUAGUGUUAACACAAAACUGCCAACUUUGCACAAGUUUCCAGAAAAGAAAAUACAAUUAGUCACUCAACAUAACCACAGGCCAAUUUGUCGGCCACCAGAAAACCGCUUUAAAAAAAAACACUUGGUGAUUCUUUCAAGUGCCGAAUGUUAUUAGAAUCAACAUUGCAUCCUUCUUGCUUAUAUGUUAAGUUACAUAAAAGGAAAACAAAAUUAUGUGGAGUGAAACAGCCAAGGCAUUUAUUCUUUAGAGGCAGGAUAAUAUUUCAGGAUACAAAAGCCCAAAUUAUCCACUAUGGAACAAAGCUGCAUACAGUAAGAGUUGAACACGCACUUCCAAGGACCUAACCCUAUCCUUUACACAGAAAGAGAACGUCUGAACCAGGCUGGCCUGUUGUACGGCUGCCUAAUUUGUUGCAAGUUCUUCAGUAGUACUAUGAUUCAGGCCCGUUUGAUAGACAAAAUCAAAAGACGUUUAACAGCAGCCGUACUUGGGAGCUUUGAAAACAUGUGCUGAACUUGAAUAGAGUAACACUCCCUUCUCAAAAGCCAGAAGAACGGGGGUUUAAAACAGGAUCUCUCACUGUUUUGUUUCCCUACGCGAUUUGUCAGAGAGAAAUGAAAGCAAGCCUAAAACCAAGCAAUUGAGAGUGAGAAAAAGGGGGGGAGAUGAUUCUCCAAACCUUUUUGUUUUGUUUUGUUUUGUUUCUGAUGUUUACACAUGUUGCCUGAGCUGGUUAACCGCAUCGGCAGCCUCAGCUACCACAACAUACUGACUAAAUGAUGAUAUUUACUCAAGAUCAGUCUGUAGCCAAAACCAUUAGGGUGUGCAUUGCAGACUGUGUUUUGUUGUCUUUUUUUUUUUUUUUAAGUGAAGGGGGGAAAAAAGAUAAACAAGGAAUAGUUUGUCAAGCAGUACAAAAUAAUUUCAAGAGAAUGUAUUUCUUUUGUGCAUUUAAUGGCCUCAAACAUUUCUCAUCAGUCUAAAGGUUAGGAAUACCCCCUUUGUUUAAACUUUUCAUUUCAUUUCCAUUUUUCAUGUUUUGUAAUUAUUUUUUCUAUGUUCACAUCAGCAUUCACUUCCGUUAGUUAAAUUUGCCAAAGGAAACUGUUAAUAUGUUUCUGUUGUUAUAUUUCCUAUAGGAUUUAUUGUACCUCACAGUAUUUAUUGUUUCCAAAAAUAAGCAUCAUUAGUUGUGGAAUCAGUAUUUUUAUUUGUGAAAAGUUCUGAAACAAUAGAUUCUUAAAGAUAAGCUAGAUGCGUCUGGGAGCUUUAUCUUUCCAUCUCCUUCAGAGGAUGCUAUGGGGCUCAUUUAAUUCUUCAUUUGUUCUACAACGAGGAAAGACCAAAAAUACUUGCAGUACAAAAGAAACCUUAUUAAACACUAUGUCUCUUAAAUGACAAAUGUUUACGGUAGAAAGCUGAGGAAUUAGGAAUAACUAUUUUUGUUUUCUUGUACCUUCGAAUUCCCCAAAGUCUUAAUUGCUUUAUUUUGGUGUUGUGUUAAAUUGAAUAGACGGAGAUGUUUUCUUUUGUUUUAUACCAUAUAAGACUCUGUACAGUAUGUUUGUGAAAGAUUGAACUAGAAUAAUGAAAGUUUGUUUGCAAACA